AGCCACACACUCCAGUCAGAGCCGCUCAAAUAGUGGUCUUUCUUCAGAGCUACACCUCACUGUUUGUUUUUUUUCCCUCCAGGCGUGGGUCUCCACAAAGUGCUGAUUGUUGAUUUGCAGCAAAAAGAUCAAGAGGCUGGGAUGAUAUCACGAUGAUCCCACCCACUGUCCCUCCCCCGCACCCGUGGCUCUACGUCCCCACGCCGCUGCAGCCCGGCAGAGUUCUCCGUCCUGUGUGGGCUCCACGUCGCAGAGCUCAUGGAAGCAGGGGAGACAACUCUCACUUACCGAGAUGGCCCCGGACCUGACAAGCUUAUUGAGGGGGGCACCAGGGGACAUGUCCAAACAAAGAGCGAGUCCAACUACGUGGAUCUGGACAUGAGACCGGAUGGAAACAAGACGGUGAAAGUGACGUUCACCGGCGAAGGGAGCCAGCUGUCUCUCAGGAGCGACGGCUCCAAGCAGGGAGAGCUCAGACCUGCCCCAGAGGAGCUGCCCUCGAGGGAGUCUUUGGACAUGGCCGGUGGCGUCGCUGACCCGACUCCGGCCGAGGAGCAGGACUCCGGGGACGGAAUUCGGAGCGAGUUAAGCGAAGAGGAUGAGCUCCAGUACACGGACAUGUACCUAAACAGCCGAACCGAGUCUGAGGACGGCACCAGCGAGGCGGCACUCUCCGACCACAGCGGCACCGACACGCUGAAGGACGAGUCUCACUACAUCACCACGCACGAGAUCCAGCUGACGGAACUCGACCACGAAGUGGAUUACGACCUGAGCCGGGGCGCCAGCUGGGAUUUCGAGGACGACAACUUGGUCUACUCCUUUGUGGAUUACGCCUCGUUUGAAAGCGACGAUACCCGGACCGGGACUUUGAUCCUGGAGGGAAAAGUGGGCUCCAAACUUGGCGUGAGUACCGAGCAGGACGACAGCGAUCUGUGCGACUCGGAUAAAUGUGCCAGCUCGGACGAAAGCUUGUGUAAGGACCAGAUGAUCGGGGAUGCCGGUUUAGGGGAAAUCCACCUAUCCGUUAAGCCGUCUGAAGAGAAGCCUGCGGGUGUCGUGGACGAAGGCACCAAACACUUCUCUUUUGUGAGACCCGGACCCUUAGGAGAUAACAAAGCAACAUUUUUCAUCCCGGCUCCGGGCCGCCAACACAUUGCAACCAAACUACGACGGAAAGACAUUAACGAGUAUUCCAGCGGCGCCUCCAGCUCCAUCAGCGAGCUCGAUGACGCCGAUAAAGAAGUGCGUAAUUUAACUGCCAGGUCUUUCCGCAGCUUGGCGUGUCCCUACUUUGAUACCAUUAACUUGAGCACCUCCAGCGAGUCGUCGUCCAUGUCGGAGUACAGUAUAAACAAGUGGUCCGCCUACGUGGAUUGGAAUUACGGACACAUGCCCAGAGGGGCAGAGCACAGCGUUAUUGCGCACAAGACCUCCAGCGCCACAUUGGAAAUGAACCGGACAUUGGAAAAAGCAGCACAAGCCGCUAAGAGGCUAUCUGUAGGUCAAAAGGCAGAGCUGAAAGAUCCGGCAGGUGUCACGUUGAAUGUGCAGUGUAACGUAGAAGCAGCGGGAACAAGGCGACCUAAGAGAACCAGGAACAGGUCUGGUGAAGCCCACGGCGCGGUGUUGGCGAGGUCAGGAUGCCAGAUGCAGUACCAACCCACGGACAGCACGGGGAACACGCAGAAAAGGGCCAUUUUUGCCUCCAGUCUACUCCAAAACGUCAUUUCCAAAAAGAUGCAGUUUGAGCAGGAGUGCAAGAUGGAGAGAGGAGAGCUCUACGACACGUACCCGCCGCCGGUCUCCCCUUGCUCUCUGGAGGGGGGCAACAACAGGAGUGCGGCCUUGAGGGGCUUUCAAAGGCAGAGCUCAGAAUCCAGCUCGGGUUUCACUAAUUCCGGAGACGAGCCGCCUUCAGAGGGAGGCAGCAGGCCAGCUUCCUGUGAGCCCGUCGAGGAGCAGAAAAGCAGCAAUGCUGCGGAGGACCCCUGCCAGAGGCCCAAAGUGGUCCUCGGCCACAGUCAGAGCAGCGCCUUUAAUUCAUGGAAGGACAAAGGGGCCGCCAAGGAGGAAUCGGACCAGAGGAACAUGUUGACCAAAAUCCUGUUUGUGCCCAGCUGGCAGCGUAUCUCCAAGGAGAAGGACGUAGGAGACGCGGCGUGUCAAAAAAGCGAGACGGCGAUCCAAACGGGAAACAUGGAGAGCGAGAUCGACAAGGGCGCAAAAAUACCCGAGAUCAAAAUAUGCCUAAGAAGCGUGAAGGAAAAUAAUGGCGGCUCCUUGAACAUCGCCAGCCUGCUAACCCCUAAAAUAAGCUCCAACGCCGGAAACACUUUUAGGGCAGCGAGUGGCGCCAAAUAUCACAUCUUGUCCGCGUCUGAUAAGAUCCCCAACUUUACUGUCAGAGACAUAAGAGACACCAAGGGCAAGUUCCAAACGCCCAUUUAUCGAGUGCGGGACGUGCGCAAACUGGUGAAAAGCUCGUAUAGCUUUGUUUCUCUGGACAAUGGCGACGGUAAAGGCGGCGCGGGAGAAGCGGCUGAGAAAGUCAAAGACAAAGCCGAAGACAAGACUAAGACGCAGCCGGUUAAGCAGGUGUCGCCUUCUCCCAUUGUCAUUAAAUGCCACUCGGUAAAAACCAACGUUAAGUCGCCCGGCAGAGCGCCACCUGUUGGCACUAAGCAACCCAAUCCUGACCAAGCGGAAGCCGACAAACUGUUGAAGCAGAGGCAGGAAAAGUUUGCGUGCGAGGCGGCCGACUGGCGGGCGAAGCCAAGAGUUCCCAAACAGGCGGCGCUGGAGAAGCUGAAAGCCGCCGUUAAGACAAUGGAGCAGCUUUACGUUUUUGACCGCAACGAAUGGAAACGCAAAGCUCAACCGCCGCAGCCGAUCACAGACAGCCACGUGCUGUCGCUCAUCGCCAGCGAGGAGCAAGGCGCCGAAGAGGAGGAGGAAAACGUCGACAAGCCGCCGCCACGCAAAACAUUCAGCAACAAAAGCGUCCUCCAUCUUGGCAACAGCAACAAGGUCAUCAUCAGCUCGGCGAAAAGCUCAGAGGCGCCGCUCUCGGUGAAAAUAGAACCUCCAAAACAAGGGCAGGUGGAGCACAGGCAGCUCCAAAUGAGUCCCGCUAAUCCCAACGUCACGCCAAGCGACUCUGGGAACUAUUUAACCAUACCCGGCCUGGGCUACGCCGACGAUAUCAAAGUGACCGACAGGGCGGGGUCAAAGGUGUGCCAACAAGCGGACGCCAAGAGAGUAUCCAUGGCUGACUACCCGGCUUCUUCUAUCUAUCAUCAGUAUGGUCCACAGACGCAGCAGGUGUUGUGUUUCUCCCCGCCCAUCACCACGCUCUCACCCUCUACAGCAGAAGCAGGUCUACAAACGCAGCGGAAAAUGCUUCUGGACCCCACCACCGGACAUUACUACCUGGUGGACACACCCGUACAAGCCCCCACCAAGCGACUCUUCGACCCAGAGACUGGGCAAUACCUAGACGUGCCCCAUUCCCCGGUGGCGCCCAUCGCCCCCGUCACCCCUGUGCCGCUUCCCUUGCCGCCCCUCGCCCUCAACCCGGGAGCCUUCGCACCCACCUAUAUGAUUUACCCGGGAUUCAUCCCCUCGCCCGCGCUGCUGCCGCAGUCGCCCAUCCCCUCCGAGCCCAGCGAAAAGGCGCUGAAACACACCAGAAGCGUCAAGCAGGAAGUGAAGGAAAGCCCCUAUUACAGCGCCACGGCCGAGGCCCUGCCCGCGCCCUCCUUGUCCACAGGGGGCGUGGCCAGCAUGGACAGAAAACCGAUUAUCAGCAUCACGACGCAGCAAGGUCCAAGGAUCAUCGCGCCGCCUUCCUUUGACGGGACAACAAUGAGCUUUGUGGUGGAGCAUCGGUGACCAAGGAGACGUCUCGGUGCGCAUAUGUCUGCACCAAGGACGACGUGCCUUCAAUCAGCAGAGAGAAGGUUCUUACGUUGACGGACAUGAGCAGAGAGCAGAGAGGUGGUUCUUAUAUUUGAAGCAGAGAGCAGAGAGAUGGUUCUUCUAGUUGAGGCUUGGCAGCACUUUGAUUUACUGCAGGCUGACGCUCGGUGAGGAAGAUGGAAACUAAAAGACUCUCGAGGACAGGGACCAUUUUUCCUUGAAUGCAAGUCACUUAAGUGCGUCCACCACAGAAGAAUGGCCAAUAUGUGUUCCAAGUGAAUGCAUGAGUGCCAGAAUGCUGUGUCCUCCUCCUGCACUCAUGCAGCUCUCCUCAAUUGGGUGGACGUUGUUUAUUAGAAGUGAACAAGCCUGCACCUUAAGUGUUCUUACUUCCCCAGCAGACAACUGCUGGAAGACUGUUUGACGUGAGCUCAUUUCUACAUUUUGUAAGGCGGGAGUCUGCAACGUGUGCGUCUAUGUGUGUGUGUGUGUGUGUGUGUGUGUGGUGGCCACACACUUGUAGGGUGCACAGAAAGUUGCUUACAUGUGCAGUUAUUAAAAAUUCAGCAGGAAUUUGCACAAAAAGAUGUUGUACAAUUCCCCACUAAAUUUGUGACAGAAUGUGAUUGACAACCAUCACCUAGAAAGUUGUUCUAUACCAGGGGUAGGGAGCCUAUGGCUCUAGAGCCAGAUGUGGCUCUUUUGAAGACUGCAUCUGGCGCUCAGCUAAAUCUUAGCUGACAUUGCUUAACAUAAGAAGUAAUGAAUAAUUCCGCUAAUAAUCACAGUGUUAAAAAUAACGUUCAAAAGAUAAGACAUUCUCAUGCAUUUUAAUCCAACCAUCCAUUUUCUAUCGCACCUGUUCAAGAAGUCGUAUUAAUGGUGAGAAGUAUUUAUAUUUAUUAUUGGUUAGCUUUCGAAUAAGUGAAUUAUAUCGUGAAGUGAAUUAUAUUUAUAUAGCGCGUUUUCUCUAGUGACUCAAAGCGCUUUACAUUGUGAAACCCAAUAUCUAAGUUACAUUUAAACCAGUGUGGGUGGCACUGGGAGCAGGUGGGUAAAGUGUCUUGCCCAAGGACACA